UUAGGCUUAUUCGUCAUCACCCUAUACCCUCACUAGGAUAUCAUCUGAUUUGAGUCUUCAGCAACUGUAACUAGAUUCGAUCACCCCGUGGUUCACGGCAUCUACAUCAAUCAUGAGUCGCAGUGGUCGUAGUACCUUCAUGUCCGAUGACAAGCGAUCAGAAAAAGACAAACUUGUCGUUAAGAAUGCUGACAUGUCUGACGAAGACCAAGAGGAUGCCAUAUCAGUUGCGCAGGAAGCGUUCGAGAAGUUUACCGUCGAGAAGGACAUCGCCGCCCACAUCAAGAAAGAGUUCGAUAAGACCCACGAACCGACAUGGCACUGCAUCGUCGGGCGCAACUACGGCAGCUACGUCACUCACGAGAAAGGCGGUUUCAUCUACUUUUACAUCGGUCAGAAAGCGAUCCUGCUCUUCAAAUCAGGAUAGGGGAAAAAAUCAGCGAAAUAGAAUCAAGUAGCUGGAAUCAUUUUAGGUGCAUAUAUGACUUUGGAUGAAACUCUAGGUUGACGAAGAUAUUAUAAUAGAAAACAGAGGUAGAUGGAUGCUUUCUCUUCAUGUGUUGCCGAUGUAAUAUCACCGAUUUAUAUUUAUUUUAAUAAGUUUUCAAUUCAGAUGAUAAAGCAUAGUUUAUAAUAAUAUAAUAAUGAUUUAUAUGUAACAUAAUAUUUACAAUUAUCAUCUAUCAUCCAUCAUCGUUAGGGCCAAUAUUCAACUCAUCUGCGAUUCGUGGAAUAUUUUCCCUAACUCAUGGAAUAUUUAUGGUAUUCCAUUCUGUGCCAUCCAAUAUAAUUUAAUUAUUGUAUCAUUUAUUGUCUUAAUUCAACAAUAAGGAAAUUAGAAGUAUAUUAUAUCACUUAAAUUCUUGAUAUGAAUCGCAGUGCAAAAAUCAGAUUACCCCUACUGUACAGAACCUAAAGAAAAUGAUAACAAUCUGUGAAUGGAAACAAAAAGAAUAAAUAAACAAAUAAAUAAAUAUAUUGAUUAUGUAGUCUUAUAUCGAUAUUAUAAGGAAUUCGAAUUUGAAUGAAUAUUCUCCUGUAUUCAAUUGUAUAGUGCACUGCAUCGUGCAGUUGAAUAGGUUGAAAAUUUUGCCCAAUUAUCUCGAUAUAGCUUUUAAUAUUAUCUAUUCCAAUAAAGGAUAUAAACUGUUAUUUUUUUUUUUGGUUGACAAUUGGAGAUUGGAAAAAAAAUCGAAAGUUAAUGGAUCAUCAUUUUUUUAAAACAUUAUUAUCAUUGCGUUGCUAUUAUUGUUAUUCUUCUUAUAGUUAUCAUUCUUAUUUUUAUUACUGGUGUUGUUAUUAUUAUUAAUCAACUAUUGUUACUCAUUAUAUAUUAUCUAUUAACAGUCACUGUAAUGUAACGAAAUACAAAGAAUUCGAGAUCAAGCCCGAAUGAAAAGAGAAA